AUGUCUUCCGCAGAUGGUUAUCCCCUCGCACCAGAUACCGCCGCACUAGGCACCAAUCCCGCCGACAUCGAAAUGGGCGACCCCAAUCCCAGCGCCGUCAUAAUCGAAAUCGACGCGUCCGCCGGCACCGAAACCAACACCCACGUCUCCAACGAAGGCGACAAUGAUGCCUCGGGCCCCGAUCUCCAAGAAACAGCCAUGGAAGAUAUUCCCGCGCGCGUCACCUAUAUCGAUUAUCUCAAGAGUCCCAUGAUCGCAUUGUUAGUCGGCCAAGGCGACGAACAAGCACUCUUGCAUGCACAUCAAGCUCUCCUCUGCAAAUCCCCCUGGUUCGCCGAAGCCUGCGGAAAAUUCAGCAACGACGUCAGCGAGCGCCGCAUCGAUCUCGUCGACGAGGAUCUCGACGCCGUCGGCUGUUUUCUCGAAUACCUGUACACGAAUGACUAUUUCCCGCGCAAGAUCCCCGGGUCGCGCGAUCUGGAAACGGAUCCCGCGAUGCCGGAUGUCGACGAGAGCGGGGAUCAAUUACUCAAGCAUGCGCGUGUGUAUACGCUGGCGGAAAUGCUGCAGCUUCCGAGUUUGAAGAGUUUGGCGAGUAGCAAGAUUCAUUGUGUCAAUAGCACCGCGAAGGGAGAGAUUGCAUAUGCGAGAUAUGUGUAUGCGCAUACGCAAAAGGAUGAUCAGACGAUUAGGGCGCCGGUGGCGAAUUUCUGGGCGACGAGGAGUCAUACUUUGAGGAGUGAGGCGGAAACGGAGUUUAGGGAGAUGUGUUUGGAGUUCCCGCAGUUUGGUUAUGAUGUUUUGACACGUGUCCUGGACGAAAAACUCAAGAGAGAAAAGAACGACAAGAUGCAUCCAUCGCACGGUACACCUGGCAGUUCUCGAAAAAGACCUCGUCAAAGUGGGAUUUGAUUAGUGAACGAAGCAUUGGGCGCUGAAUGGAGUUGUGUUGGCAUCUAUAUGAUAUGGUAUGCUAUGGUAUGAUAUGCUAUGGCAUUCGUAUUUGAAUGAAUAAGUAUGAGUAUGCAUGUAGGGGAAUGAAUGCAAGAUGGAAUGUGAGAGAUUGGUUGGUGAUGAAUGGAUCGAUGGAUGGAUAGUUAGUAUCCAAAUGGGCACAACCGAGCAUAUGCUAUGGAAAUGAGAUACUACCUACCAUAAUAUCUCAAACAGAAAACAGAUGAUCCAAUAAGCGAGAAAGGAGUAUAGCAAUGAAAGGAGUAGAGGAAAUCAAUCAAUCAAUCAGUUAUUUAUUAGUCGUGUAAUGGUAAUAAGUCUACUUCACGGGUUCACUUAUAUAAUACCAAUACCAAUGCUGAUACCAAUAUCGUUCAAAUUCGAGCUGGAGUAUGAUAUAUUUCUAAUACAAAUGCAAAUGUAAACGUAAAUGUGUGUUAUAGCUAGAAUUAAUUUUUU